AAGAAGAGUGAAGAAACUAACGUGACAGUUUGCUGAUCUGUGGUCGCCGCCUCACAGGAAGUCCACGCAGACGCAUUCAGAGUGCAUGAUGGGACUGAGGACGCUGCUGCUCGUCUCCCUGUUCGCUGCGCUGGAGCCCAUGCUGGCGGCGGGCAGCCAUCGGGGCCGCUCCAUGCCCGGCUCCCCGGUCAACAUCAGCAGGGAGGACCGCGGCCUCCGGCGCGCCGUUCUCGCCGCCGCCCAGUUCUUCAACAACCAAUCAAACGACGCGUUCCUCUUCAAACCCUCAGCCGUCCUCGGAGCACAGCGGCAGAUCAUCAAGGGGAUUCGGUACUUCGUAGAUCUGGAGAUCUCCAGAACCGUCUGCCGUAAACGAGACGACAACAACAGCAAUCUGUCCAGCUGUGACCUUCAGCCUGCAGGUCGGCUGCAGCAGACGAUCCAGUGCCACACAGAGGUCUGGGUGAUCUCCUGGCAGAACGCGACCAGGACCCAGGUGUUCCACUGCAGAGCCUGAAGCCACCUCCACCUUCAUCAUCAGCCUCACCCGCCAUGGCCUUCAUGGUGCUGGUGGUGCCCUCCACCCGUUCCCCCCUCUUUCACACCGAACAAAGUAUGGACUCGCUGACCUCAGAGCGGUGAAGGAGCGAUGGGUGUCGAUGACGCCACCUGCUGCUCAGAAGGAAAACAGCAUAAACUUUACAUUUAUUUUUAGUUUAACUUUAAAGGGCAGUAAAUCAGCAUGUAAAGUCUAAAAUAAUCACAGCAGUAAUUCCUUUUACUUUAUUAACAUUAGUUUAAUGUUUUUGAGGUGAAAAUGAAAACCACCACAGACGCGUUUCUGAUGCAAUAAAAGCUUUUUAAUCAGAUUUUUCACACAAGUAAUUGAUGUAUUUAAAUGAAUGGUUUUCAUCAAAAACACAGAUUUGAUUCAGUUUCUUUAAAGGAAGCUGAAAAGGAACCGACCCAGGUUCUACCACAGCCGCUCUGAGGAGAAGCCGCUUGGCGCUUAGACUUCUAACCACAGCUACCAGGAAGUGAGCGGAAGUACAGAUGCCAUCAUGCUAAAUAUUACUAGUGUCUACUUUACUUCAUGCUAAACGGGACCAUUCAUGACAUAACCACGUUUUGAAUCCAUAUCCAAGACGUGAUUACGGCUCCUGACCCGUUUUAUCUGAAUCACACAAAAGAGUCUAAAAACCAAACCAACAUCGACGUCAAGCAAAUUUGACGGCUUCCUUCUAAUUACAAAUAACUUACGUUACACUUGUCUUCUCAUUUCCAAAGCUUUCAUAUAUUCAAGUGAGAAAUGGCCGCUCAUCGCAGUGAUAGCGCUAACAAUGCUAACCCAGACGAGUCCCUCGAGAGACGACCUGCUGUUUCUGUGUAUUAAUUAUGAAGUCAAUUGAAACAUGUAAAAGUAUUCACGUAUGAUUAAAUGGUGUUUUCUCUG